AUGCCCGCCCGCGCCCUCCAUCCGCGCGCCCCAACGCGCGGCCCCCUGCUGCUGUCGCCACGGUUGCCGCUGCCGCGGCUGCUGCUGCUGCUGGCGGCCCUGAGCCACCGCGUGAGCGCCGAGCCGGGGGACGGCGCGCAGACCUGGGCCCACUUCGCGCGCCCCUCGGCCCCCGAGGCGGCCGGCCUGCUCCACGCCGCCUUCCCCGACGGCUUCCGCUGGGCCGUGGGCAGCGCCGCCUACCAGACCGAAGGCGGCUGGAGGCAGCACGGGAAGGGCCCGUCCAUCUGGGACACGUUCACCCACCCGCCCUCGCAGCCCCCGGGCGACCCCUCGCCCGCUCACCCGUCGGGCGCCCCGUCGCCAUCCUCACCGGCCAACGGAGAUGUGGCCAGCGACAGCUACAACAACGUUUUCCGUGACACGGAGGGGCUGCGCGAGCUUGGGGUCACCCACUACCGCUUCUCCAUCUCCUGGGCGCGGGUGCUCCCCAACGGCAGCGCGAGCGCCCCCAACCGCGAGGGGCUACGCUACUACGGACGCGUGCUGGAGCGGCUCCGGGAGCUGGGUGUGCAGCCCGUAGUCACCCUGUACCACUGGGACCUGCCCCAGCGCCUGCAGGACGCCUAUGGCGGCUGGGCCAACAGCGCCCUGGCUGACCUCUUCAGGGACUACGCCGAGCUCUGCUUCCGCCACUUCGGCAGCCAGGUUAAGCACUGGAUCACCAUCGACAAUCCCUACGUGGUGGCCUGGCACGGCUACGCAACGGGGCGCCUGGCCCCUGGCAUCCGGGGCGGCGCGCGCCUGGGGUACCUGGUGGCGCACAACCUCCUGCUGGCUCACGCCAAAGUCUGGCAUCUCUACAACACUUCCUUCCGGGCAGCUCAAGGAGGCCAGGUGUCCAUCGCCUUGAGCUCUCACUGGAUCACCCCGCGGAGCAUGACCGAGCACCACGUCCAGCAGUGCCAGAGAUCGCUUGACUUUGUUCUCGGCUGGUUCGCCAAGCCCGUUUUUGUGGACGGCGACUAUCCUGAGAGCAUGAGGAAGAACCUGUCCUCCCUGCUCCCUGAGUUUACAGAUGCCGAGAGACGGCUCGUCGAGGGCACAGCUGACUUUUUCGCUCUUUCCUUCGGACCCACCUUGAGUUUCCAGCUGCUGGACCCUCACAUGAAAUUCAGGCAGUCAGAGUCCCCCAGCCUCAGGCAACUCCUUUUCUGGAUAGAUCUGGAAUAUAACCACCCACAAAUAUUUAUUGUGGAGAAUGGUUGGUUUGUCUCAGGGACCACCAAGAGAGACGAUGCCAAGUCUAUGUAUUACCUCAAAAAGUUCAUAACGGAGACCUUAAAAGCCAUCAGGCUGGAUGGGGUCGAUGUCGUUGGCUACACCGCGUGGUCGCUCAUGGACGGCUUUGAGUGGCACCGGGGCUACAGCAUCAGGCGUGGGCUCUUCUAUGUUGAUUUUCUAAGCCAGGACAAGAAGCUGUUGCCCAAAUCCUCGGCUUUGUUCUACCAGAAGCUGAUAGAGGACAAUGGCUUCCCACUUUUGCCUGAAAAUCAGCACCUGGAAGGGACGUUUGCCUGUGACUUUGCGUGGGGAAUUGUCGACAACCACGUGCACGUGGACACCAGGCUGUCCCAGUUCACAGACCCCAGUGUUUACCUGUGGGAUGCCCACCACAGCAAGCGGCUGAUUAAAGUGGAGGGUGUGCUGACCAAGAGGAGAAAGUCCUACUGCGUGGACUUUGCUGCCAUCCGGGCCCAGGUCACCCUGCUGCAGAACACCGGCGUGACCCAUUUCCUCUUCUCCCUGAACUGGGCCCUUGUCCUCCCGCUGGGCAACCAGUCCCAGGUCAACCACACCGCCCUGCGCUUCUACCGCUGCCUGGUCAGCGAGCUGGUGCGUGCCAACAUCACCCCAGUGGUGGCCCUGUGGCAGCCGGCGGCCCCCCACCACGGCCUGCCCGAGCCCCUGGCGCAGCGUGGGGGCUGGGAGAACCCGCACACGGCCCUGGCCUUCGCCGACUUCGCCCGGCUCUGCUUCGCCGAGCUGGGCCAGCUCGUGCGUCUCUGGAUCACGCUGAACCAGCCGUCCACCAGGAACACCAGCUACGGCGCUGCGCACAACCUGCUGCGGGCGCACGGCCUGGCCUGGCGCGCCUACGACGAGGGCUUCCGGGCCUCGCAGAACGGCCGCGUGGCCAUCGGCCUGCAGGCCGACUGGGUGGAGCCCGCCUGCCCUUUCUCCCGGGAGGACCGCGAGGCGGCUGAGCGCGUGCUGGAGUUCGACAUCGGCUGGCUGGCCGAGCCCAUCUUCGGCUCCGGCGACUACCCGCGGGCCAUGCGGGACUGGCUGCAGCACGGCGGCGGCCUCCUCCCGUUCUUCACGGCCGAGGAGAGGAGGAGCAUCCGGGGCUCCUUCGACUUCCUGGCCCUCGGCCACUACACCACUGUCCUGGUGGACCAGGAGAAGGAGGACCCCAGCAAGUACAACGACUUCCUUCAGGUCCAGGAGCUGACCGACACCACCUGGCUGCACUCGCCCGACCAGGUGGCCGUGGUGCCCUGGGGUCUGCGCCGCGUCCUGAACUGGCUCAAGGCCAAGUACGGAGACCUCCCCAUGUAUGUCAUCGCCAAUGGGGUUGAUGACUCACAGGACACAGAGGACAGGCUGCGGACACACUACCUGGGCAGCUACCUGAACGAGGCCCUUAAAGCUUACACGCUGGACGGCAUCAACCUCCGCGGAUACUUUGCUUAUUCGCUGAGCGACCGCGGGGCCCCCGGCUUCGGCUUCUAUCGCUAUGUGGCCAACCAGCUAGAGGCCAAGCCUUCCGUGAGCCUCUACCGACGGAUCAUGGAGGACGGCGGCUUCCCGGGCGCUGGCAGCCCGCAGCGGGCCUGUCCCCGAGAGCUGCCCGCGUGUGCCCAGUGCGGCUUCUUCCAGACGCGGAGGACGCUGCUGGCCUUCGUGGCCUUCCUCGUGCUCCUGCUGGCUGCUGCCCUCGCCCUCAUCUUCUGCUACUCCCGGAGGGGGCGCGGGGCCUGCGAGUAG